AUGUCCACGCAGAGCUCCGGGCGUAAUGGCCCGCGUUCGAAGAGUGGUAGGACAUGUUUUCUAGUUUCUCAAACUGCCCGACUAACCUACCUUUCUAUAGGCUGUAGUACCUGUCGUCGUCGCAAAGUCAAGUGUGGCGAAGAAAAGCCAUUUUGCGGGCGCUGUUUAGCUCUGCGUCUCCAUUGCGAAUGGGGUGUCCCUGUGAAGCGUGGGCGGAGCUCUCAAAUUCGACACCUUAAGCCUGCGACAAGAGAUGCCGAAAAACAAUGUUGGGCGACUACCAAGGCAGAGGGCCUUAUAGAUAGCCAACCAGAUGCUCUUAUUGCUACCUCCUCGCCAGCCUCAUGGGCAGCUGACAUUCUUCCCCUUGACACAUUCCACCCCACGCCUAUACCCACCCCCCUAUACCGCUCCUUGAACGUUAAUGCUACGUGCGGCAAUUCCUUGAUGCUCGAUUCUCUUGAUCGUCAAUACUUCCAGUACUUCCCUUCUUCUUCGCUUGUCUUUUACUACAUGAAAGACUGGAAGUGGAGCAGCUUCUGCCAUCUUUACGAAAGUCCAGCUGCAUCCAAUAAAAUUAUAAUGCGAAUGAUAUUGGCGCUCGCUGCUUGUGACAUGCAUCGCAACGGGUUAAUUGUGCGCUCCCAAGACCAUGGACGGUACCAUUACAACCAAGCGGUUAAAGAAUUCAGGCAGCUUCUCGAGACACCCCGCCAGGUCUCACUGGAUGAUGUAGAGACGGUCUUUGCAACCAUGUUUUUGAUGAUAGCCUGGGAAUGGCAGUUCGGACACUCGGUGCGCCAUCUUCAACUUCAUCUCCAGGGCGUGCGGUCACUCUUAGAAACACACCCCCGACUAUUCCGCAUAAAAGAUGUCAAUGACACGCUUUUGUCUCCUAAAACCAAUGCCUCGUUCGAUGACGCCAGGACCGUAGGCAAGGUCUCCUUCAUUUCUGAACAGUUUUUGUUAUGGAUUCUAUACAUCGACGCUAGUUGCCGUCCCAUGGGUCUCACGGAGUCUCUUAAUGACUAUGUCAUACAGUCUCGCAAUCCAGCUUUGCAGCCAGAUCAUCUUUAUCGGUGUGCCCGUCUCUGGGGCCGAUGCUUUUGGGGCGAAUGGUACCCAGAUGAGGAAGUUUUGGAUGACAUCGAAAAUUAUAGAGCUCUAGAACUAUUACAUGCUGGGUUUUGCCUACGCCAUCGCACUUGGAAGGCCCUUAUGGAAUCCGCGGCUGGCACCGCUGAUUUUGCCGAACCUCUCUUUCGGGAGACUCUCGCUAUACGAGAGAAAUUCUCCGACCUUUUUAUCACCGCGAGAUUUGCCGGUAGUAUCUCCGCUCGACGGACAGUUAAUACUAUUUACAUGGCUGUUUCUACCUUCUACUCUCAGAUCUUGCUCCAUCGUCGGCUUCUCUGGGUCAAUGCUUUGCCCACCGGUGUUCACCACCAAGCUACAGCCGGAAUCAUUGACAUUACCCGAAAACAAUAUUUGUCUGACCCAAAGCUCCUGAGGCGUCUGCAAUGGCCGCUGCUGAUGGCAGUGAUUGAGACCAGCGAUAUAACACAACAAGUAUGGCUGCGACAACGUCUAUGGGAACUGCGUGACUUUCACUCUGAAUUCAUUUGGGCACAUGAGGUCGCAGAGCAAGUCUUGGCCCAACAAGACGCGACACAGGGACAAUUUGCUAAUCUAGGCGAAUUGUUACUAAAGCGUGUUCAAGUGCAGUGCAACCUGUGA